UAAUUAUUAAAUAUUAAAUAUUUAAAUUGCGGUGGUCUCAAAAGUCACUUCCAAAACUUUUUACAAUCUUUGCAAUUCAUGAUUACUUACAAAGGAGAAAAGAGUCUGAGAAUUUCGUGAAAAUUUUGUUAUUUGAUUAGGUUUUUGGUUGUAAGUACAGUUGGUUGUUAUUGUUGAAUAUAAAGUUGCUGAGCAUAAUAUAUUUGGUUAGGCUGAAAGUGGAAAUAGGCAGAAAGUGUAUUCUAGCUUUCUGGAUUACGUUUCAGUUUCGUCGUUGCUACUACUGGGUGGCAUGAUAAUAUGAUUAUGAGACUGGUCAGGGGACAUUUUCGACGCCGUCGAUGGGAUCCCCUGACAAAAAAUUAUUGGGCAUUGUAAAAUUUUUGAGUCCUCGAAAAUGCGAUUCAGCCAAUGUUUCGAGGGAUUUUUGGAUGCCCGAUCAUAGUUGCAGGGUGUGUUAUGAGUGUGAUACCCCGUUCACAGUGGUUAAGAGAAAGCAUCAUUGCCGGCACUGUGGUCGAAUUUUCUGUGCUAAGUGUACGGCUCACUCAAUUCCUAUCCAUCCUGACGAGUCCAAGAAUGAUGGGGAGGAAUCUGAUAAGAUUAGGGUUUGUAACUAUUGCUUCAGGCAAUGGGAGCAAGGAGUGGUGACAGCUAACCAUGAAACUGGUGGUGCUUCUAGUCCAGGAAUUAGUCCAUCUGCAUCAGCAGCUAGCUUGGGGAGUAUUAACACCAGCUUUACUGGUGAUAGCAGCGCGAGUACAGUAGGUUCAAUGGCCUAUUCAACUGGACCAUAUGAGCAUGUCACAUAUAGUUCUUCUGUGAGUCUUGAGCAAUCUCUCCAAAUAGGACAACAUAAUCAAGGCAAUGGAGAAUCUGAUCCAAGCAGCAUAAAUACGUAUGUAGACAUUGGAGAUUUAUCUUCAAAUGCUAAUCAGUAUGGUUUUUGUGUAAAUAGGAGUGAUGAUGAGGAAAAUGCAAAUGGGGGAUACUAUGGUGCUGUUAAUUUUGAUGAGAUUGACGAUAUGUACCCAUCUUGUAAAAGGGUCUUGGAUGUAGAAGAAGAUGAUAGAAAAGCAGUUAGUCCUUUGUCUUCCGUGGAUUUUGGUUCGGAGUUCCUGGAAGGAAUUAAGGCUUCUGUGAAUGAAGCAGACACUCACAUCAAUAACGAUGAAUCUGAAGCUUCUCUUUAUGAGAUAGAGAGUGCAGAUGUGGAAAAUUUGGAUUUUGAGAACAACGGGGUACUUUGGAUUCCUCCAGAGCCUGAAGAUGAAGAUGAUGACAGAGAAGUUGAUUUUUUAGAUGAUGAGGAUGACGGAGAUGCUGCUGGAGAAUGGGGAUAUCAGAGCUCUUCGAGCAACUUGGCUGGCGGAGAACUUCAGCAGAGGGAAAAAGCAAAUGAAGAACAUCGGAAAGCUAUGAGGAACGUAGUUGGUGGACAUUUCAGAGCACUAAUAACACAGCUUUUGCAAGUUGAAAACCUUCCAGUUCGGGAUGAUUAUGACAAAGACUGUUGGCUGGAAAUAAUCACGUCUCUGUCAUGGGAGGCUGCUUCACUCCUUAAGCCAGACAUGAGCAAAGGUAGUGGGAUGGAUCCUGGUGGUUAUGUAAAAGUGAAAUGCUUGGCAUGUGGGAAGCGAAGUGACAGUGUGGUGGUAAAAGGAGUUGUCUGUAAGAAGAAUGUUGCUCAUCGACGAAUGACUGCAAAGUUUGAUAAACCACGCCUUUUGAUCCUUGGAGGGGCUUUGGAGUAUCAGCGGGUUACCAAUCAUUUAUCAAGUUUUGACACAUUAUUGCAGCAGGAAAUGGAUCAUCUGAAGAUGGCUGUUGCAAAAAUCAGUGCUCAAAAUCCCAAUAUCUUAUUGGUGGAGAAGUCUGUUUCUCGAUUUGCCCAAGAAUACCUUCUUGCGAAAAACAUAUCUCUUGUUUUGAAUAUCAAAAGGCCUCUCUUGGAGCGUAUUGCUCGCUGCACUGGUGCACAAAUUGUUCCCUCUGUUGACCAUCUCAAGUCACCAAUUUUGGGGAACUGUGAAUCCUUCCAUGUGGAGAAAUACUUUGAGGAACAUGGAAGUGCUGACCAAGGUGGGAAGAAACUGACAAAGACCUUGAUGUUUAUUGAGGAGUGCCCAAAACCCUUGGGAUGUACUAUCUUGCUCAAAGGAGCCCCUGGAGAUGAAUUAAAGAAAGUGAAACAUGUUGUCCAGUAUGGGAUUUUUGCUGCAUAUCAUCUGGCUCUAGAAACAUCUUAUCUUGCGGAUGAAGGUGCUUCUUUGCCGGAACUUCCUUUGAAGUCUCCAAUAACUGUUGCACUACCUGACAAACCAUUAAACAUCAAUAGAUCCAUCUCCACUGUACCUGAUCUAGUUACCCCAACAGCUGAAAGGCCCCAGAGUGAAAACAGUCACCUGGUUUCACAGGUGCCUAUCACUACAAAUACUGUUCCUACAUCAGAAAGGAGUGUAUCAAGCUCGAUGACUAAUUAUAUGGAAUCUGCCUCAAAUUCUGUGCAAUCAGCUGUUGAUGACUCUUUACUUUCAUCAUCAUAUGAUGUCCCUAAUUCUAUAUAUAAUUAUGUAUCUCAAGAUGGUAUCUCAGAGCAUAUCUGCAGAAUUGGUGUAAAUCAAUUUCCAGAAGACCAUUCCAUUACCAUAAGACCAGAUGAAUGUCUUCAUGGUGAUCAUGCAGUUGCUAGUUCUCCCAGCACGUCAGUUCAGUUAGAAGACAGUGUUUGCAAGAGUAAUAAUGAUGCUAGUACAUUGUUUGAACAUGAUCCUAACAACUCAGGGCAUUUGUCAGAUUCAAAUUACAAGGAACAAAAGGAAAAAGUGCAGCCUUUGAAAGAAGAAUUUCCACUCUCACCUUCUGAUGGUCAGAGCAUAUUGGUGUCUUUAGCAACACGCUGUGUCUGGAAGGGAGUUGUGUGUGAGAGGGCACAUCUUUUCCGUAUCAAGUACUAUCGGAGCUUCGACAAGCCUUUGGGACGAUUUUUACACGACGAUUUAUUUGAUCAUAGUUAUCGUUGCCGUGUCUGUGAGAUGCCAUCAGAAGCACAUAUUCAUUGUUACACCCACCAGCAAGGGAGCCUUACUAUUUCUGUGAGGAAGCUUACUGAGUAUCCAUUACCUGGGGAAAGGGAUUGCAAAAUCUGGAUGUGGCAUAGGUGCCUCCGAUGUCCUCGGGUCAAUGGAUUUCCUCCUGCUACUAGAAGAGUUGCUAUGUCUGAUGCAGCCUGGGGGUUGUCAUUUGGAAAAUUCUUGGAACUCAGCUUUUCAAACCAUGCAGCUGCUAGCAGAGUUGCUAGUUGUGGCCAUUCUCUUCAUAAAGAUUGUCUUAGAUUCUACGGUUGUGGACGGAUGGUUGCUUGCUUUCGCUAUGCACCAAUUGUUGUUCAUUCUGUCUAUCUUCCACCAUCAAAUAUCGAAUUUACUUGUGAUAAUCUGGAGUGGAUCCGUAAAGAAGCAGAUGAGGUAAGGGAUCGGGCAGAACUUCUAUAUACUGAAGUCUGCAAUGCAAUUAAUGAGAUUUCGGAGAAAUUGUCGAGGUCUGGAACACUGGAAAGUAACACAAAAGCUUUUGGACUGAGGAAACACGUCAUGGAACUAGAAUGGAUACUGAAGAAGGAGAAAGAAGAAUUUGAGGAGUCCCUGCAAACAGCAUUGCAAACAGAAAGACAAGUUGGGAUUGAUAUUCUAGAAAUCAAUAGAUUGAGACGGCGUUUACUCAUCCAAUCUUAUGUCUGGGACCAACGUUUGAUUCAUACAUCUAAUUUAGAUGCAAAGAUAGCCCAGUAUGGGUCUGACAGUCUUAUUUUGAAAUCUCUGGAGGAAACUCCCAAUGAGGUGGGAAAGACUAACAUAUCUACUGGCAGUGAAAUAGUGAAAGAGCUGGGGGGUUGUGGUUCUGUAAUUUCAGAUGUCAAGACUGGAACAGAUGUUAGCCAAGGCCUCAAUGUCAAACAAUUUAAUGAGCACAAUUCAUACUCAGGAGAAAAGAUUUUAGAUCAGGUACCAAUUUGCAAGGAAGUAGGUGAGGUUUUACCCGAUGGGAUCAAUAUGGGUGAAGCAGGUCCAGUUCCUCCUGUAAAUACAGUUCGACGAGUUAUUUCAGCUGGACAAUUCCCAGUUACGGUGAGUUUGUCCGAUACUCUUGAUGCAGCAUGGAUUGGUGAAAGUCACUCAGGAAGUGUCAAACCUAAGGAGAAUGAUGUAAUAGAUUCGUCAAGCUUUGUUCAGUCAGUUGCAGCAAGUCCCAGCUCAGAGAAGCACUCUGAUGCCUGGGAUGAGACAGAGUUUCAUCGUGUCUCUAGCCUUGCUUUGCCAACCAAGAGCUCUGAUUUUCUAGACAACUCCACAUAUUGGUUAAAGGUGCCCUUUAUGAGCAUUUAUCAAUCACUUGGAAAAAGUUCCUCAUGGAAUACUCAAAAGCUUGAUGCCGUAGGCGAUUAUAACCCAGUUUUUGUUAGUUCAUUUCGUGAAUUGGAACGCCAGGGCGGUGCCAGACUGCUGCUUCCUGUGGGUGUUAAUGAUACUGUUAUACCAGUUUAUGAUGAUGAACCGACUAGUAUCAUAGCAUAUGCACUUGUAUCAGCAGAUUAUCAAACUCAAAUGUCUGAUGAUCCUGAUAUGAAGAAGGAUGGGAGUGAGUACGCAGUUUCUCUGCCCCUCAGUCAUUCAGCAAGUUCCCUCUCGCUUCCUUCCCCGGGUGAAGCAGCUUCUGGAUCAAUGAGAAGUUUUGGGUCUUCCGAAGAAACCCUUUUGUCAAUGUCUGGGUCCAGGAACUCCUUCAUCUUGGAUCCACUGUUCUACACCAAGGCUUUGCAUGCUAGAGUAUCAUUUUCAGAUAAUGGGCCUCUUGGAAAAGUUAAAUAUACUGUCACUUGUUAUUACGCGAAAAGAUUUGAGGCACUGAGAAUGAUUUCUUGUCCUUCUGAGAUGGAUUUCGUUAGGUCGCUCAGUCGUUGUAAGAAAUGGGGUGCACAGGGUGGAAAGAGCAAUGUCUUUUUUGCCAAGACUCUGGAUGAUAGAUUUAUAAUUAAACAAGUUACAAAGACCGAGCUCGAGUCAUUUAUCAAGUUUGCACCAGCUUAUUUCAAAUAUCUGUCUGAAUCUAUUAGAAGUUCCAGCCCUACAUGUCUGGCUAAGAUCCUGGGCAUUUAUCAGGUUACAUCCAAGCAUAUUAAAGGAGGGAGGGAGAUCAAGAUGGAUGUUUUGGUGAUGGAGAAUCUCUUGUUCCGACGUAAUGUAGUACGGCUUUAUGAUCUGAAAGGCUCUUGUAGAUCACGGUACAAUGCAGAUUCCAGUGGUGGAAACAAAGUUUUGCUUGACCAGAACCUGAUCGAGACAAUGCCUACUUCUCCGAUUUUUGUAGGGAACAAGGCAAAACGACUGCUCGAACGAGCUGUUUGGAACGACACAUCAUUUCUUGCUUCAAUUGAUGUGAUGGACUAUUCUUUAUUGGUUGGUAUUGACGAAGAAAAGCGUGAGCUGGUGGUUGGUAUUAUAGAUUUCAUGAGACAAUAUACAUGGGAUAAGCACCUUGAGACUUGGGUUAAGGCGUCUGGGAUUCUCGGCGGGCCAAAGAAUGCAUCUCCAACAGUCAUUUCUCCUGAUCAGUAUAAAAAGCGGUUCAGGAAAGCUAUGACGACUUACUUCCUUAUGGUGCCUGAUCAAUGGUCUCCUCCAAUGAUCAUCCCUGGUGAACCCUUGUCUGAUCAUAAUGAGGAGAACUCCAAAAUUGUCACUUCACCUUGAUUUGUUCUGAAAGUUUUAAAGUCUUUGGAUAUAUAUCAAAUCAAAAGUGUAUAGUAUUUGUUACAAUCUCUUUUUGUUGUAAUUUCUUGUUUCAUUUUUGUUUUAUUCUUACUAUAUUUGUUGAUUGAUUUAGUUAAUAAGAAAGGUUCUUUCAUGUCA